AUGUCCACCAACAAGAUGGCCAAUGUUGGUUUUGAGUUGCCUCCACCAGUGACCGAUGACCAAGACAUGGUCUUCAAGAAGCCGGCGAGCAGAAAAGGCAUCAAAGAAAAGGUGCUGCGACAGCCCCAAGAUGGGAUGGUCAGCAAGAUGAAGGUGAAACCGCAACCCAAAGAGGCCACCGAGAACAUGAAGGUGAAGCAGCAGCGCACAGGGGUGGCAGCCGACGUGCAGCCCCAGAAGAAGGUGCAGCGACAGUCCAAACAACAGAGUGGGAAAGACACUCCAAGUGCACCAUACUUGCCCAACUUCGUUGAGAUGCUCCUGGACCCGCGGAGUGCCAUUCUUCCUGCCAGUCCUCAGGACGAUGUGAUGGAGCUGUUUUCACAGCCACGAUUGGUUCCCAUUUGUCAGGAGAUGGGACUGGUGGCUGAAUUGUCCCUAGACCUCAAGACAGGUUGGGAUUGCUCUCUUCCAGAUAUGAAAACUUUGGCUUUGAAAACGAUUGACCAGAGGAAGCCAUGGGUGAUAAUGCUCAGCCCACCAUGCACUAUGUAUAGUGCUUUGCAGCGAUCCAACAAGAAUCGAGUGGACCCCUUGCAGGCUGCCUUUCGCCGUGAGGAGGCUGAUGGCUUCAUGGACUUCACCAAACAGGUUGCCGUGAAGCAAGCAGAGUCUGGAAGAGGAUUCAUUCUGGAGCACCCGGCUUCAGCUAGCAGUUGGCAAAUUGAUUGUGUCCAGGCAAUGAUGGCUUUGCCCAACGCCCAAGUUUCCAAGUUUGACCAGUGCCGAUACGGGCUGCGCGGCCCAGGAGGAUCGCUCAUGAGGAAGGGCACAAAGCUCUUGAGCAACAUCCCGCAAAUCCAGGCUGAAUUUCAUGGCAAGGCAUGCAUGUGCCGACAGCGCGGGGAGACUCAUGAGCAGAUCCAAGGAAGUGUGAACGGUGUGCGCCGUUCUACUCAUGCUCAAGUGUACCCAGAUGGAAUGGUGCGAGCGCUGGCUGGCUGCUGCCUUGAGUAUGUGGACAUGCGACAUUUUUUGGCGUGCCGGGGACAAGAGACCAAUCCUGUCCCCUCAGAAGCUCCUGCGCCGUCUGAAGGUGGUGCUCCAGAGUCCAAUCAAUCCAAUGAUGUGGAAACUGCUUGGGGCCUUGAAAGUAUGGAAAUUGAGGAAUUUUCUGAGGCAAAGUACGCCAAAGAUCUGAUGGAUCUGCUGCAAAAGGCACACUCCAAGUAUGGUGGCUUGGAGAAAUUCUUUCAAUUGCGGUUCCAGCAACAAACGGAAUUGCAGAGCUUUGCUGAUUACCUUAGCGGGUUCUGCCCAUGUGGCAGUGGACAUGAAUACGCUGUGGGAAGGGAUAUGCCAUCCAUCAGCCCUGAUGACAUGGUUAACACAGAAACCCUCCGUAUCCACCCAGCUUCAUUUGCAUUCUUGGACAGUGCGACAGUGCGCGGGCCAGCGGAGUCGGAUGUUGUCAUGAAGCUGGCGGAAGAGAUCUUGAAGGAUGGCCUAGUCACCGCUGGAGAGGCGUUGCUCUUGCCCCAGUCUGAGGCGCUCACCAAGGAGGUGCUGCAGCUCUAUGGGCCUGACGCUGAGGUGGCACCAAAAUUUGCUGCCAGCCUGGGCAACAUCCGUGGUUACAUUCUUUCCUUGCCCACCAAGCGGGAGGAGUUCCUUGGAAAUUUCAAAUUGUCAGUGCGUGGAAGCAUCCGACGCGCUCCCAAUGUGGUGCAGCAAAACAACAGCCGUUCAACCAGGGCUGGCCAACUGCUUGGCCAGAAAGCCCAAUCAGUGAGAAAUGUGAUGGAAUUUUAUGACCCCAAAGCGCUGGAGUCCAUCAUUGCUUUCACUGUGGAAGUUGGAACUGAACAGACGCCAUGGUCCGAUGAGUCGCUGUCAUCCAAGAAGUGUUUGCCUGGUUUCCAGUUCCGGAGCACUCAUGGUGCCACAUGGGCAGCGCGUGGCACUGUGACGCGCAAAUCCAACCUGUUGAUGGUGCAGCAUCAGAUUGAAUCUCACCGUCAGUUGGUUCCAGGGAUGCGAAGGAAGCUUGAAAAGCAGCGGAUGGAGCAGACGGCUCAAUAUGCCGCAUUUGUGUCGGCAGUGGCAGACGAGGUCUUGGAUCUCAUUCCUGUGGAUGGAGAGCUGCUUGAGAAGGAGUGGGUGAACAAAUGGAGGAUGGGGGAGCCAGGCGUUUGUCUGGAGGUUGAAUCGGCUUUGUUGAACAAGCCCGUGUACACAGACCCUAGAGACAUCCAAUCGAUCAGAAGCCUCAUGCAGCAGCACUCGGCAAACGUGCCACUUCCAUCGGUCCCAGCAGUUGCCAUGGAGCAAUUGCAAGCGGACACAUUUGAUAUCAAAGUCCGCCAAAUCCAAUACGACCUCCAAGCCAUUCGUGUGGCCAGGGCCAAACGGCAAACUUGGGAAAGUCAAGUGUACCAUGCCAAAUUGGAGUACAAGAUGAAGAUGUGGGAGCAUUCUGAGAAAGCCGCAGCGCAUUACUUGAAGAACCAUUCCUUCAUGACCUGCUUCAAGGCAGCUGACGACUUGAACAAGGCGCUCCAAGCCUACAAGACUGAAGUUGUCUCCCGUUUGAAGAUUGAUGUUGGGGCGUCGGUGUGUUACUUGAAUUGGACGGCCCCAAGCACAAUCAAGAACCAGACCAUGGCGGCCCAGACGUCAGCCACAAGUGCAAUCUUGGGAGAUUCGAUGUACAACGUUGGCAUUCUCCUUGAGCCUGUCUUCACCUACCAGAAGAACAGCUUGUGGAUGUUGCAAAACUCCUGCCUCAAACGCUUGGCGGUGGCUGGAUGCACGGUGGACAAAGGUUUCGUCCUGCAGUUCAAAGAGAAGGUGGACAACAGAGACCAUCUUCGCCCACUAGUCUAUAUGGGUCGCAUCUUGGAGGGACAGAUGGCACAUAUUCCUUUGAGAGAAUGCAUCUGGAAGUCAAGCAUGCUGUUGAAGGAGGGCCGAACAACACCAGCGAGCCAGAUUGCCACCAAAGAGAUGUUGGCGCCCGACCUGACAGACAAUGCCUUGCCUGGUGUUGCUGAUGAAGGUGAAAUUCAAGGGGGGCCGCCGGGUGGAACAGAUUGGGCAAGCAGCUUGCGAGAAGCUGCUGGAAUCCUUGUUGGACAAUCUGGAGAUGCCAGGCAGGGGCGCUGUCAUUCUCUAUGA